AGUGCCGCACAAACUUUCAUACCCGCGGUCGCGUAUUAGCUGCUAGCCGAGUACCGGCGACGACAGAACCUUACUAAAAUAUAUGUUGCUAAAUUUCUUUAGUGAAUGAAUCGAUCUUCAUAAAGUGUUUAAAUCUUUACGUUUCAGCAUAAUUGAACAUUUCUUUGGAUAUAUACAAACAUUUUCUGUAGUCUAUGAUAAGACUUUUUAAUUUGCAAAUACGAUUCUAGGAAAGUUGGCGUUUUCCAUGUAUCUCGAAACUCAACAAAUGAUUUUAUAUGAAGGAGACUGGGUGACAAGAAAUUUCCCUACAUAGACGUCGAACUUCUUCGGAAGCCAGAAUAAUAAUAAAUUUUAAUUAAAAUUAUAUAACAUAAGCCAAGAUGCAUUUCUUUCGUUCCUUUUUUAAGCGCAUAUUUGAUGAUCUCAAGCUGAAAAAACUUAUUCCAUUAAAAUUAUUAUUCUUCGUUCACGCUUCGACUCUAUUUGUGUUAUAUCCGUACUUGACGAUUCACAUGCGUGAGCUUGGCAUCAAUGUGGAGGAGACUGCCAUAAUGUCUGCGGUGACGCCCGUCAUCUCCAUCGUCAUGCCGCCUUUGGCCGGCAUGCUAGCUGAUAAGAUUGGUAACUUUAGGUUGUUGCUCGCGCUGUCUUCCACGCUCGGUGGUGUGUCGGCUCUGUUGCUGCUGGCUGUACCAGUGGGUCGUCUCACUAUAACCUUCCCGCCUUCUGUGGAGCUGCUUGCUACAUGUCCGGAUACUCUGAGACUGCAGCACAUGAACGAGUAUCCCUGCGAGCCUCUACAUCCCUACCCUUACAACGUUAAUCUAACGAUCGUGUCUUGCGGUUUCGUCUGUGAACUUCCAGAUGGCUUACCAAAGGAAGAUAUUAAUACAAUCGUGCAUGCCCUCUCUUAUGACAUACAAAUACGGUCACCGACAGAUACUCAACGUCUCAUCUAUCGGCACACUGUAUCGGGUUUGCUGUCCCAUACUACAGCUCCUAAGAAAGAUCACAGCACUACACGUAUAAUGACAAACGACAUAUAUUUUAAUACAUCCAUCGCGAAAAUAUCCGAUCAAGAGAUAUUCUUUCCAGCACCGCGUCUCUAUCAAAUGACAUGCACUUAUAACUCCACUGACGCCAUGUGUAAAUUAGGUGGUGAACAAAUUUUCGAUGAUAUUCCUAAAAAUAUUAACAAUGAAGAAACUUAUCAAGUUCGUGUCUCUAAUGAUGACGACAAGAGAAUAGUCAAUAUUGUCGGUAUGCAUGUAGGAAAUUCUACAGAAGCGGAAGAAAAUUAUCAGUGCACAGAUUAUUUUAACACGGUUUUCGAAAGGGAAAGUGUAAAAGUACACGUUGCGUCAAUGCAGCUGUCACGUUGUUCAGCUGCGUGCGCGGCGACCGUACCUCGGAAGACUCUUUGUGAAAACAAAGUACAGCAUGUCGAAGUGGACCCGGCUUUCACUUUUUGGGCUUAUCUAGCCGUACGAGUAUUUAUCGGGAUAAUCGGAGGUACUGCGUUCGCGAUGUUUGAGGGUGCUGUGAUAGCUAUUGUGCGCGAGCAGCGUGCUGACUAUGGCCUGCAGCGGGUGUACGGCAGCAUUGGGGGUAUGAUCUCCUCGCCUCUGUCUGGGCUGCUCAUCGAUUACGUCAGCCGCGGCAAAGGAUAUACUGACUUUAGGCCGGCGUUCUAUUUGUACGCGGUGUUGAAAGUGGCUUCAGGUGUCCUCAUGCUGAGCAUAGAUCUCGAAUUCAAACAGCCGGCACAGAACCUUCUUGAAGAUGUCAUCUCAGUGUUCAGAAACAUCGAGCUUGUUGCACUCUUCAUUGCCUGUUUCAUCAUGGGUAAGAAAUCAUCCAAUCGGAGGUUAUCAUGGGAGGUUAGUAAGUACAGGGGUACUGCGUGGGGGUACAUCGAGAGCUUCCUGUUCUGGCUGCUGCAAGACCUGGGCGCUUCACGGUCUCUGAUGGGCAUUACUAUCACUGUGGGGGGCAUCGCGGGUCUGCCGUUACUUGUGCUCUCCGGGCCUAUCAUCCGCCGUAUUGGACACGCUAACGUGUUAUUCAUAGGAUUCGUCUUUUAUGCCAUUAGACUCCUUGGUUACUCGAUGAUAUAUAACCCGUGGCUGUGCCUCAUAUUCGAGGCGCUGGAGUCUGUGACGUCAUCGCUGUCGUUCACCGCGGCCGUAACGUACGCGGCCCGUCUAUCUUCUACCACCACAGACACAUCCGUGCAAGGUCUGCUCGGGGGCCUCUACUAUGGCGUCGGACGAGGAGCGGGCAGUCUAAUAGGAGGUUAUCUGAUGAAAUAUUUCGGAACUAGACCAACAUAUCAAAUAUUUGCGGCCGCCACUUUAUUGACUGGUUGCAUUUACUUUUUAUUCAACAAAUUUUACAUCCAUAAGAGAGCCGUCGGUGACGACAACGACCUCUGUAAAAAGAAACCAGCGGCUGAUGUUGAGUGUAGAGAAACGGGUAACGUAGAGGCGGAAAAAGCAUGUUCGAAUGCAGGUGCUAUUAAUCUUGAAGGCAGCAAACCCAAAAGCGUUGCUAUAGACGAUAAGGUUAAAGCAACUGAUUUGAGUCAGAAGGUAAAAGUGACCGCGGAAAACAUAGAUGGCGGUAGUGAUUCUGGCGUCGACAAUCCUGCCUUCAACGAUACGGAAAGUUCUAUCGAAGCGAGGAAGGAGGACAGUAAAACUAACGGGUAGUGUUGUUGAUAUGAAUCUAGGCUAGAUCGAAUAUAAAUACAAAUUAGUUGUAAUGUUUUCUAUAAAGACAGAUAGUUGUAAAGUAUAUGUACAUAUAUAAGAAAAGGUUAUCAUUAAUUUAUUUAUGUACAAAAAAUAAAGUUGUUGAUAGUAAAUAUGAGUUUUAUUAAUGAUUGAUACUAAUAAAGGUUAGUCGUCAUAUUACUGAUGUUAGAAACAAGUUUGAGUAGCCAAGUUUUUGUAAAUUCUGUCUUUUUCUAUAAAUUUAAAUUUUAAGCCGUAUUUAAUUCAUAAAAUGAAAUGGUUUAUUCAUUUGAUGCAACAAAUAAAUAUAUUACUAUUUUUACAAUAUUUGUUUUUCUCAAGACCGCCCGACCGACAGAUUAAAUUAAGAAUACUUUUACUGUCUCUUGAAUUUGUAAAGAAAAUAAAGCUUAUAUAAGAUCAUAUCUUAACACUGCAGGUAAUGACAACCUGCGAGUUCUUAGGUUUAAAUUUAUCUAGACCGUAGCGAGAUGCAAUUUCUAAAGAAAAUUAUGAAACGGAUUUUUUUAGUUUAUUCUUUUAUAUUACAUUAUUUUGAUAGAAGCAGCGGAUAGCGAGCGCCAUAUACAAAUUUUAAUAUUAUGCUUAACGAUAUGCGUCACUUGUUAUGUGUUUAAUAAGAAUUAGCUAGGAUAAAUAAAAGUAUUUUAUGUUGUCUUAAUAUUUGAUGCAAAUGGAAAAAGAAUAGAAAUCAAUACGAGAAGAGCCAAUAGAAAUCAACUUCGUAGACAAAGUUAUUUCUAGUCUUCAAAAUUAUUGCUAAUAAAUAUAACUAACAAAAUAUGUUUAACACUUUUACUUUGUAUUCCUAUUAAAAUAGGCAACGAUUUUUUUCCUUCAAUAAUAAAUAGUAGUAUAGUGGUUUUGAUGUAUUACUAUUUAACUUAUAACAUAUUUCUUAUUUAAGCAUUCUGAAUGCCCAUGUUAACAAUGUAUGAAUGUAGUUUUAAGAGAUCAUUAGAUAUAGACCUAUAAACGUUUAUUGUAUGUUUAUCAUUUUCAUUUACAGUGGACAAAUUUAUAUAUUUUAUAUAAAUAUGUAACACUUUCUACUAACGCUGGUGGCGAACUAUUGUUCUGCUAAUAGUGUAAAUUGUUGCUUGGGUUCGGGUCAUCUAGAUCGUGCUUCAGAUGCUCUACUUACAGCUACACCGCUAUAAAUUAUCACAAUUUCACACUUGACAUGUGUGACAUUUGAAAACUUACGGUCCAGAACUUCAUUUUUUACGGAGUCUUCUUAUCAUCCACACGGCGUGGUGAACUAUAUAAAUGUACAAUUAAAGUUAUUGAAAAAGAUGAAAGUCUUUUUGAGUAUUAUCUUCUUGGUGUGUCUAACAAAAGUCGUGUUUUCGAAAUCCAAUCCGUCCGUGUAUGUUGUGACUCCGUCAUCCAAAGGACAUAGUGAUGAAGGUCGAUCCGCACCAUUUUACUAUCACAACUGGAAAAGAAGAAUGGAUUUUCCAAUAAACGAUACAAGUACGACUACCUCGACAGUGCCGCCGACAUCGAAGACGCCUGAUUUGAUUUUCGCCGAAUUUGAAUCUGACGGUGGUGAUAAUAUGAAAAAAUCCAUACGAAAUUUAUUGCAAAAAGAAAGGGUUAAUCAGAAAACCACUACAAUAGCGCCCACUUCUACAGAAAAUACUUAUUUGCAGCCGAUAUAUGUACCUGACGAAGAAAUCAUGCAUAUAAAACAAGAUGUACCGAUAAAAAAAGAUGAAACAAUGGACAGUGGAAUCAAUGAUAAUUUUUAUUCGUAUAACGAGCACCUUAACACUGAUUCCACUCACAUUUAUCUUCCUUCCACAACUACAACGACGUUACCACCGCAGCUGGCGAAUGUUGAAAACAUUUGGCAUAUUAUCGACAACGAGAAACGUCAUCAAUACUCUAACAAAUGGACAGAAGUACCUAUCGAUUCAAGUGAUGAUCAAAUAAGCUCUAAUGAACCAAAAAUACAGCAAAAUUCUGAAGAUGAAGAAAAAUCCAAAACUGAAAUGGAUGCAAUUGAUGAAAAUUUUGCUUUUCCAGGGUAUGUUGCUUAUUUAACUAUAUUAUUUAUGAUAUGAUAAUUAUUAUUAAGUAAUAAUAAUUAAAUUGCAGAAGAUUAUACCUUAUUCGAAUUAAAGUGUAAUUUAAAUAUUGUUCCCAGGUUUCCUUCUAAUCCAACUAAUGGUGGUGAAAAUGAAUCCAGAGCUAUUCGUACUGAUCCAAAUGUUCGUUUUCCUUAUGUCAGUUUGAAACCAUAUCAAAUGAAAAAUAUGAAGAACCCGGUGCCAAAUACAUUUUCUAACAGUAAAAAAAGCAAUAACAUGUUUAAUAAUUUAGAUAGUUUUAAAGAAAUUCGCAGUCCUGUCAGAGGUGAAGUGGAAGAUGUGAGUCAUAUACGACAACCUAUCGAACGCUAUAAUCCUGCGCAACCUUAUCUACCUCAUGACUACGGAAGUAAAUCAAAACAGUCUGAUCCUUCUUCUAAUUUUCCAUCUAAUCCAUCGAAGGCAGUGGCAAACUUAGUACCACCACCCCCGCCUCCGCCACCUAAAGCAACAGGGAACGAUUUUCCUGCUCCUACAAAUUACGAAUCAUUUCCACCAUAUGCAGUCCCAACUCCAGACGCAGUCCCAGAUUCACCUCCAGCGAGCCCACCAUUUUCAAUAUAUCCAUCAAAUGCUCCUGUUGAACCCCCUUCGUUUUCCUCUAUAAAUAGUGACUCUGGAGACGACUCGAUGGACUUAAGUUAUCAAUAUAAACCUCCAUCGUUACAUUUUCGUCCCACUUUGCCUCCGCAAAAUAAACCGUUUAGUGGAUAUUCGUAUAACAAGCCUCCUAGUAAUAACAAGCCAACAAUGACAAUGGAUAUGCCUCCAUUAAUGGACAUGAGUGACCAAGAAGAUUCUCCUCCUAUGACUGAUGAUAAACCAGAUUUCCACGGGUAUCAUAACAACAAGCCUUCAACUCAAGACGAUCAUACUCCAGGAAAUUACGAUCCCCAUGGUUCUUAUCAUAACGAUAAUGAUUACCCUGAGUUGAUUUUCAAUAAACCACACGGAGGUGAUGUUCAUGUAAAAGGUGAAAACGAUAUGAAAGAUGACGCAGCAGGAAUGAUGCCGCCGCCACCACCAGCCGACAUGAAGCCUAGCAUGGAUUUAGGGUCCGCAAUGGAUGACCAUGGUUUUCCAUCAGGAUUUCCUGGUGAUUUUAAAUUCCACCACGAUUUCGAUGACCAUGACUUUUAUCACCACCAUCAUCAUCCUACAACUACAACCACGACAACUACAACGACAACUGAAUCUCCAAGGGUCAACAGAUUUAGUUACUACUACUUAGGGAAAAAACUUUAUUAUUUGCCUCUGUAUUUCAGUGUGUAUUUCAUUGUGUACGUGGGUGCUUUGAUCAUUAAGGCAAUAUUAAGACAUAAAAUAGUUUAUCCAAACAGUUGGAGACCGAACGAUACGACAAGCACGUUUUUCUCUAAAAGAUCUGUCGAUACUUGGAAUUUAUCUAACGAGAACUUGCACGAAGCAGCUGGAAGAAUUACGAAAGCCAUUGGGGAAGCUGCUGAAAAGUAUAUUAAUGAGACUUAAAUAAAAAGUAUAUGUUAUAUCAGCUGAAUGUUUGUCGUCUGUAUAUAAAAUAUUAGUUAGCUUUAAUUUAGCUAUUGAAGCAGUUGUGGACUGGACAUAUUCAAUUUUAUAUUUACGAGUAUUUUCAUUAUAUGGUUAUAAUUUAUAAUAUAUUACGAAAAAUUUAUUUGAAUAUCGUUCAUUACCACAACACAAAAAUUGUAUGACUACCCAUUAAGUUUAUAAGAAAUGCUCAAUAAAUUAUAGUGAUUAUAUUUUGUUUAUUUCACUUUUUAUUGCUUUAAUAUUCUAGAGUAGCUCGGUGGCGUAGUGGAUAAACGCCGCCGCCCCGCGAUCGUAGUCGUUAAGCAACUUUCGCAAGGGUCGGUCACGGGAUGGGUGACCAAAGAAUUAUAAUCUCGAGCUACUCCAUGCUUCGGAAGGCAAUUAUAUUUUAAUGCUGGAUUUCUGGGGUUUAUAUACUCUUGAUGUU